AUGUCACUUACGACUAAAGAAGAAGGCCUGACCGCUACUGAGUAUUUUGUCUCCUUACUCAAACAAUAUGAAAUUGAUACUGUCUUUGGCAUAGUUGGUAUCCCCAUUGUAGAAUUAGCUGACAAGAUGAUCGAACACGGCAUUAGAUUUAUUUCUUGUAGAAAUGAACAAGCAGCUUCGUAUGCCGCUUCAGGGUAUGGAUAUCUGACUGGGAAACCUGCAGUUUUAUUGGUUGUUGGUGGACCGGGUUUAAUCCAUGCAUUGGCCGGUAUCUAUAAUUCAAUGUCAAAUAAAUGGCCACUCAUUGUUAUUGCAGGAAGCAGUAAUAGCGAAACUGAUCAAGUAGGUGGAUUUCAAGAUCUGGAUCAGGUAAGCUUAUUGAACAAAUAUGUGAAAUAUACGGUUAAAUUAAAUUCAAUUAAUAUCCCAACAGCAUUAUUCAAUGCCUAUAAUUUUGCCAUUCAAAGCCCAAUGGGUGUUACAUAUAUCGACUUCCCUGGUAAUCUAAUAGAGGGUAAUUAUAAAGUCCAAGCACAACCUGCAACUAAUCCAGUUUCAAUACCUAGAAGAGUUAGAUGUUCACCUGAUCCAAAUACUGUUAACGAGGUAGCUAAGUUAAUCAUUGAAAACAGUUCAAACAAUGUCCUUGUCAUUCUUGGGAAAGGAGCUGUAGAAUUUCAUAAGGAUAUUAACAAAUUUAUCAAUACAUUCAACUUACCAUUUCUUCCUACACCAAUGGCUAAGGGAAUUCUUCCAGAUUCACACAACUUAAAUGUAUCAUCAGCAAGAUCAAAGGCUUUAAAGGAUGCCAAUAUCGUAUUGGUUCUGGGGGCAAGAUUGAAUUGGAUUCUUCAUUUUGGUGAAUCGCCCAAAUGGAAUGCUAAAGCCAUAUUUAUCCAAUGUGAUAAUGAUCCAUCAAAUUUGGGAGUAAAUAAUGGAACUAAUACUAAUUUAUCAUUAUUAGGGGAUUUGGGUUUGACUGUAAACUCUUUAUCUGAUGCAUUUUCUCAAAUAACACUAAAUUGGAAAUACGAAAAGGGAAUUUCUGAUGAAAUGAGAGGAAUAAUAUUAAAAAACCAAUUUAAACUGCAAGAAAAGGAACAACGAUUAAUCAAAGAUAAAGAUCUUUUAAAUUAUAACGUUGUUUAUGGAGCACUAAGGAAAUUAAUGGAUGAAUCAAAGACUGUCCUUGUUACAGAAGGAGCUAAUUCCAUGGAUAUUGCACGUAUAUCGUUCCCCAGCUCAGUUCCAAAACAAAGGUUAGAUGCAGGUACCAAUGCCACAAUGGGGAUAGGAUUAGGGUAUGGUAUUGCAGCAUGUUUAAAUGAAUUGAGAAACGGUAAAAGAGGAAAAGAUGUGAUUUUAAUUCAAGGUGAUUCUGCAUUUGGGUUUAGUGGUAUGGAAAUUGAAACGGCAGUGAGAUUCAAAUUGGGGCUUAUUAUAGUUGUGAUGAACAAUAGUGGGAUUUAUCAUGGAGUCUUAAACUACAAGCCAGAUAUGACAAUGCCUUCCACAUCACUGUCCCAAAAAUGCAGAUAUGAUACAGUUGCAAUUGGUUUAGGAGCUAACGGUUAUCUUGUGAACAAUAUACAAGAAUUAAAGCAAGCAUUCACAAAAAGUUUAGAUGACUCGAGAAGUAAAGGUGAAACAAGUGUAAUAAACGUCAUUAUUGAACCGGGGAAACAAACAAAAGUGGCGUUUGCCUGGCAAAAUAAGCCAACAUCGAAACUAUAA